GGCUGAGAGAGAUGGACCAGAGCUCAGUCGAUGAUAGAACAUCGGGAUGCUGUUAAGGAGAGCCGCGAGGCUAUGUCCUCGUAGUGUGACUCGUACUUCAUGUACCACGCCCCAUGUUCUAGUUCCUACCGUCUUUCGUAGAGCCUGUGGCAGCCACGCUACCAGCGACACGCCACCAAAACCCCCAGCAGAUCACCGACAGCUCGGUGUACAGCAAGAGUUAUUUGCGACCUCAGUAUACAGCCCUGGCUCCCCUCUCCUCCUCCCCAACGGCGCACGAAUAUUCAACCGCCUCGUCGACUUCUUGCGAAACCAAUACGUCCGCUAUGGCUUCCAAGAAGUCAUCACCCCCACCAUCUACAAGAAGGCGCUCUGGGCGAAAUCGGGACAUCUGGAAAACUACAGCGAUGAUAUGUUCACGGUGACCAGCACAUCGCCAUCACGCAACGAUGCCACAGAAAGCACCGAAGAAGAUGAAUAUGGUCUUAAGCCCAUGAACUGUCCUGGCCACUGCCUAAUCUUCGCCGCUCAACGACGAAGCUACCGCGAUCUGCCAAUCCGAUACGCCGACUUCUCCCCGCUACACAGAAAUGAGGUGUCAGGAGCUCUCAGCGGGUUGACACGUGUGCGCCGAUUUCACCAAGAUGAUGGACACAUAUUCUGCCGGCCGUCUCAGGUAGAGGAGGAGAUUCGCAAGACACUCGACUUCGUGCGCGUUGCGUACAAUGUCUUCAAAUUGGGCCCGUACCGGUUGGCCUUGUCGACGCGACCGGCUGAUCAGUAUAUUGGAACAGCAGACGAUUGGGACCGGGCGGAAAGCGCCUUGAAGCGAGCCCUCGAGUCAUCGGGACAGAAAUGGACCAUCAAUGAGGGCGAUGGAGCAUUCUAUGGACCGAAGAUCGAUAUCAUUUUGCGAGACUCGGAUGGGAAGGAGCAUCAGACGGCCACCAUCCAGUUAGAUUUCCAGCUGCCAAAGCGAUUCGAACUGGAAUAUCAGGCACCUGCGCCGGAGCUCGAACAGAAGGGAGAGACGACGACCGACGCAGAGAAGCUAUCAGAGUUCGGGCCAGUUCAUCCGGUGCUCAUCCACCGAGCCGUGCUGGGCUCUGUCGAGAGACUGAUGGCGCUACUGAUUGAGCAUUACAAUGGCAAGUGGCCCUUUUGGCUCAAUCCAAGGCAGGUCAUCAUUCUCGUGAUCAAUGAUAGCCCACCCGUUCUCGACUUGGCAAAGUCCGUGCAAGAGAUGCUCUUAGGAGUGGAGGACCCAACCGCUGCCGAGCAGGGCCCGGUGGUCAAUGCCUCUCAACUGUCUGUAGAUGUGGACAACAGGAAGAUCAGCAUAGGAGCCAAGGUCCGCGAGGCUAAAGCCAAGGGCUAUGGAGUCAUCGUCACGAUUGGGCCAAGGCAAUUGCCUAAAAAGACUGUCACGGUCGAUCUGUCCCGAUUCUCCGACGGGACCCCAGGAGACAUACACAAGCAGAAGGAGAUGACCCCGCAGGAGCUUCUCACUUUAUUGAAGGCUAAAGUUGAUGCGUAUGCAUAAAUCGAACGACGCUGUACGUACAAAUUGUAUAUUAGUGGCUUGAUCCCCCGAGCUUGUAAUGUAUUGGACAGGCCAUUCGAAGCCCUGUCAUAACUUGUCCGCUUCGUUCUCAUGGGAGUAGUUGCGGUUGGCUUUCGAGCUAUUCACUCAUCGUGUAUAGCUUUGUACAUGUCAACGGUGUUCCUGACGCUGUUAACGUUUUGUGCUAUCCGCGCAAAUCUCCUCGAUUUGCACAGCUGUUAGUAUAUGGUACGACAUAAUGGUCGUCCUCCACACAAACUCAAUUCCGAUGCGCCGCGCCUAAUCGUCCCCGCUUCUCCAGCAUGUCUCACUCGUUAAGAGUCAUUCUCAUCCUCGUCCUUAAUUGGCCCCCGCUUCCUCUCUAAUUCCUCCAGUCGUUCAAGGAUCUUGACCGGCCUAUGACUCUCAUUAGCACCACCGCAAUUCCCUUGAGAAGAUGCUCAAGCGGCACGAACUCUCUAUACUUCUCCAUAACCG